CCGAGAACGGGCAGACCGCACUCGCGUUCUCACGGUUCUAACCGGCGGUAGUAUUGGCACCAUGUUUCAGAGCGAGGUCGUGGUGCCUGUGAUAGGGGGCGCGUUGGCCGCCGCCUUCCGCCGGGUGCGCGAGGAGGUCGCGGAGAAGCGCGAGCAGCUCGUCAAGCAGCGCGCCGAGCAGCCCACCGUGGCCGAGUUCUACAAGGGCCGCGGCGUGUUCAUCACUGGCGGCUCCGGCUUCCUGGGCCGCCUGCUCGUCGAGAUGCUGCUCCGGACGUGCCCGGACAUCGGCAACGUCUACCUCCUGCUCCGGCCCAAGAAGGGCGAGAGCCCGCAGGGCCGGCUCCAGGGCCUGCUCAACGUGCCGUUGUUCGACAGGCUCCGCGCCGAGCAGCCCCACGCCCUGGACAAGAUCGUCGUGCUCCCCGGGGACAUCACGGAGCUGGGGCUCGGGCUGAGCCAGGAGCACAGGGCGCUGCUGCAGCGGGAGGUGUCCGUCGUGUACCACGUGGCGGCCUCGGUGCGCUUCGACGACCCCUUCCGGAAGGCCGUGUUCACCAACCUGCGCAGCACGCGCGAGGUCGUGGAGCUGGCCCGCGGCAUGCCGCAGCUCAAGGUCCUGGUGCACGUCUCCACGGCGUACACCAACAUCAACCGCGAUCUGAUUGAGGAGCGGGUGUACGAGCCACACCUGGACUGGAGGCAGGUGAUCCGGAUGGCCGAGCAAACGGACCCAGCCAGCCUGUGGGCAAUGGACUGCCUGGGCCCCAAGCUCCGGGACUUCCACCCGAACUCGUACACCUUCACCAAGGCCCUGGCCGAGAAGCUGAUCGACGACGUGGCCUCCGAGCUGCCCGUCGUACUCGUCCGCCCCUCUAUCGUCACGCCGACCUUCAGGGACCCCUUCCCCGGCUGGGUAGACAACCUCUACGGCCUGGGGGGCGUCUGGGCCGCCGGCUGGAAGGGCCUCAUCCGCGUGACCCCCGGCGACGGCAUCGUCUUCGACACCGUGCCCGCCGACGUGGUCACCAAGACCACCAUCCUGGCGUCCUGGGCGCGCGGCCGCGGCAUCAGUAUAAGGCCGCUCCCCGACGGCGCCGCCCCCAAGGGCGUGGAGGUGGUGAACGCCACCGUGGGAAACGAGAUCGGCUGCUCUCACAGGGACAUGACGUGGGGCCUAACGGAAGCGGGCCUCGCCAACGACUUGGUCUUCCCCGGUAUGAUCCGGGACCCCAAGUACCAGGUGGUCAGCAACCCGAUCGCCUACGAGCUGCUUAAAUUCUACCACCACAUCCUGUACGGCCUCGUCCUUGACACGGCAGCCAGGAUCACUGGCCGGAAGCCGAGAGCUAUGAAGAUGUACCGAAUUAUAGAGGGGGCCAUGGAGGCGUCACUGCCUUUCCAACUGCGCCAAUUCAAGUUCGAGUUGGUGAACCAGCGGCUUCUCCAGAUCCUCAUGCACCCGGCGGACGAGGACGCGUACUGCAUCAUGGAGUUUUUCAGCGUCAGGGACAACCUGGAGAAGUUCAAGCAGUGGGCCGUCGACUCGAUACGCGGCGUGCUCGUGUACGCGCUCAAGGAGGAGGACAACCCCGACAAGUACAGGCCGCAGCUCGAGAGGCUGCGAAUGCUUACGAAAGUGUACCACGGAACAAUGGCUGCCAUUGCCGGUAUUGUGGUGUAUUGCAUUAUUCCUUCAUAGUCAUACCCUUGCAGGUCCUCCAAAGUAUUCUCCAAAGAGUGUGACGAGCAAGGCCUUGAGCAAGUAAAGGCCCUGCACCCCUCCACCCCUUUAUUCACAUUCCAUCCACAUCCUUUCCCUUACCUCAACAAACCCCUUCACCGAAUGUAUACAGAGGGUUGGAGUCAAGUAACAGUCAGUGUCAACUUUUUGUUUCUCAUAAAUAACCACAAAAUGAGUAAGAAUUAACUAGCUAGAAGAGCAGCUCGAUUCAAUCUGCAAUUUGCGGCAAUGUGUUGGUGUGAUUGGCAAAGAUGCCGUGUAAAUAGUAACUGUAAGUCCUACUGUAAAUAAAGAUUUCGUUUUAAUAAAAUAACGAAAUGCUAGCAAUUUAAA